UUGGAAGACAACACCACACGAGAGAGCAGAAGAGCGCUGCCAACAAGGACCCCUUGAAUUAGUUGAGGAUGGUACAUGAGGGAGAUGAGAACGGAGAUGAUGAGACGAAUAAUGACGAGAAGAAGAGGCAAGAUCCUUGCUGCUCCGUCUGUUCUAUUGCCUUGGGUUCAUGGGACAAUGAUGAACAACAAGAACAACCGAAAGAUCAAGACAUUCCCAGGUGCUCCGAAUAUGUAGCUCUGGCUUGCGCCAAUCCGAAAUGCCGUUGUGAGAAGCCAACCUAUUAUUGCACGCCAGACUGCUGGGAACAUUUUGUCAAAUUCCAAUGGGGAAUCUAUUCUGGUUUGGGACAAGCUCACCAAGGUUUCCAAAGAGGGUUGUUCGGACAAGCUUGCGAACACUGUCGAUCGGACAUGGUCGUCAUCACGAACGAUAGCAACAAUCAUCACAACACUUUGUUGCCCAACGGAUGCCUGUCAUUGGAACAAGCCUUGACCAAAAUUGCACCAGAAAUACUCGUCAAGGCAUUGACUAUUCUUCAACAUGCCAAUACAUCCUCCAAGGAUGACAACGACGGCAACAAUAGUCAUCACAAUGAUGUACGUACUGACGACGACGAGGAUGUGGUUACUAUCCGCCGCAUUACUCAAGAUCUAGAGGAACAGCGGCUGUUACAGUGCCCUUCCUGCAAGUACAAAAUUGCCAUUCCAGAAAAUCGUGGCUGCGAUGCCGCCUGGUGUGAACAUUGCGGGAGGGCCCUCUGCCUCUAUUGUCUCACGGAUUGUGGGGAUCACCCCAAAACCGAUGCCACGGCGCACCAAAGUGCUCGUCUCAUUGGAGACGCGCAUGAACAUGUACUGCACAAUGACUGUGGAUGGACUGCCGGCAAGGGGAUUAUUCAUUCUGGAAAAACACUGGCCCGUCAUCAUGAACGCCAGUUCGUGCACAAGGUGGCAUUGCGCUUGAAACGAGUCGCCAACGAUUCCAUACGACAAGCUGUCUGUCGCAAUCUACAAAUACAACCAGAAUUGUUAUUGCUCGAAGAGGAACAUGAUGAUUGCCAUGAUCCUCAUCAUGAAAAUAACAAUCAAGACGACGAUGACGACCGAAAGCAGAAUGGUGAUGGGAAAAAGAAGUAUACUACUCCCAAAAAACGACAGAGCUUGACGGAUCUGCGGCGCCAAAUGGAAAACGACAAAUGGGAACAUUAUCCUCCCGCAACGAGGGUGUCAUUUCUCCAUGCCGCAUACAAGGGAGAUGUUCCACUCGUUAAAUGUCUACUCCAAUCAGGGAUUCCCUGUAACAUACCAGAUGCCAUGGGGGGUGAAACGGCACUUCAUUUUGCGGCCGUCAAGGGACACGUCCAUGUCAUACAAACCUUACUACACCAUGGGGCCAAUCCAUGGUCGCUGUCACCUCCAGGACGAAUACCAUUGGAUGAUUUGUGUAACAUGGAAAGCAGCUGUGACUUGAAUACGGCGCGGUGUCUCACCAGAGCAUGCAUGGUGACGGCACCCGUCAUUAUGUGGGUGGGGGAUGCCAAAAAGAACAACCCGUAUCCAUGGCUACGCCCAUGGCCCAAUGGAACGACGGCACUGGCGUGUGCCAAAAAGUACCAUCCCGACAGCCCAGUCAAGGACUAUUUUGCAGCAUUGCAGCACAGUUCUUACCGAUUAUGCAAAGCAUGCGCCGAGGGAGACACGGAGAAUGUUAGGUUGCUGUUGUCCAACACGACCAACCAAUUCCCAUCGGAGCAUCGAGUGCCAGAAGAGGAACCUGCAGAAAACAAUCACAACAAUCAUCAUUUACUACCACCAGCACAAGACUUGAUAUGGAUCUACAAUCAAGGCUCUGGUUGCACUCCUCUACUGGAUCUUUGUGCCAAAUCACUCAAGAACGAGCCGCAGCACAUACUGGUCAGUGCCAAGAGAAUCUUGAAAGUGGCCAAAGAAGCCGAUGCCGACAGCAGCAGCAUCCAUGCACACAACAUGACAACAACAGUACAAACCCUACUGCAAAUGAGAGAUUUCAAGUUCCAAGCAACCGUGUUGCAUUGGCUGGCAUUGGAUCCAAGGCCGGCCAUUCUACAAAUUGCAGGGUUGUUCUUGCAACAUGCUGGAAAUGCUCUGUCACAGGCUGUGGACAAACGGGGUCAUACUGCCUUGGAGUGGGCACGCAGGUAUGCCCUGAACAAGGACAACGAUGGAAGCAAUAAUGAAGAUGCCAUUCCCGAGGAGCGCCAAAGACACGUCGAGCGCUGGCAAAGCAUCGUUCUAGCCUGGGAAGAAGAGGUUUGCUGAAAAAAUGCUGUAGUCAAAGCUCCAUGACAUCCUGCUUUGAGUAAGCUACCGUACGAUGGAUCCACGACGGCUACAACAGCAGAGUAGGCAAGUUAUCUACAGACGCAGCUUCAUCCGUAACGAUCGGGCAACUUCCACGGUACCGUAUCGAUGUAUGUACGGUACCGCCAAUGAUACAGGAUUGUACCAGUACUGCUACCCAAAAUGAAGGCAGCUCGUGCCGUUGGUCUUAACUCAUGAUUGAUCGAUCGCUCCAAAGCGUGGUGUUGUGUGGUAGCUUGUGAUGGACGAGGAGUGCAAGUGCACGUGUAGUGCUGUGCUUCGCUUUCCUUCACUGCGAGUGAUAGAAGAAACAGCCCUUCAAAGUACCCAAACCAUUCUUCAACAUAAGGGACCCGCAGAGUUGACCUUGUCCAGUUUGUCUCGACAGCAACGACAUGACCGAGGCCCUGAUCCAAGCUCGCAGAAGGUUUGCAUAGUGGUGCCAGAUCAAGAGCACGAUGCCUCGAUUGGAUCCUUUCCCCAGAGGCCAGAAGCUGGAAAAUGCACCGACAACUACCAAAUCCCUUCCCCGCAAUAGUGGCAGAUCCAGUCUUGGGGGAUUUUAACACACUAAGCACAAUGAUGCAUGGCAACCCUGUCAAUACAGGAAGCACAGAAGCCCAGAAGCAAAAACUCAAGAAACAACAAGAAUCUGCAUGAUUGACCGCUUGGGUUGCCUCCGAAUGUACCGGUAGUUUCCCGAGGCUGCAAUUCGCAGUAAAGUGAAUGUCAACAGCAUUGCACUGUUUGUACUAGUUCCGUUCAGUGGAGGGAAUUGCUGCUGCCAUCGACUUUCCCCUGUGGUUCGGGGUUGUCGAUUGCGAUGCUGCUGUUCUUGCUGCAGAGCCUCACCACCUUACAUCGUAAUCACAGUGCUUGGAGAGAAUCCACUGCUGUAUGCACGAGUCUCUGAUGUCGUGCUCCGAUGCAACCGCGGAUGGCUUUGUAGUUUGGACGCCGCUACCUGUCAGCCUUCAGCUCAUGCAUGCUCGUUCCGGAGGGGCCAAUGUAACCGAGUGACUAGCUAGGCAGACAUCUGACUUGCAAUUUACAAUCAGUUUCUGUGUAACAACGAAGCUAUCGCGGUAAUGUACCAUUAAUAGUGGGUUCUGCUUCCAAUUUACAGUGCAAGAGUCUCCGGAUUCACCCCUCCUCCUCAUCCACCGACUCCUGCUCCCUUCUAUUCCUGGGCAGUGUGCACUGCCCUCCGAAGUACGUUUGAUAGAACUCCUGGAAAGCGUCAACUGGCCCCAUUCCAAACUUUCCCGGAUAAGCUUGCCGCAACAGUUUCGUUUCCCAGGCGAUCCAUGCACCAGCAACAGCUGCACACAGGAACGACAAGCCAAAAAAGAGAUUGGUCCAUAGACAACCUGGAAAGCUGGAUUGAGACUCGUAGUCAGAGUAGACGAUACGACUUGCUUGGUUCAGGAACUGAAAGAGCGAAUUCCAUAAUAGCAGCGUCGUGAGCCAAACGCGGCGAGUCGUUGGAAUGUAAAACCAAGGUUCCUCGGUGGCAAGACCCUGUAGAUUGGUUCCUGCUGUUGCGUUGGAAGAAUCUGCUGUAGUAGCUCUGCUUGGUCGGGUAAGAUGAAUCAAGUUGGCACAACGCCAAGGCAGGCUGAUGAGGGCGGAAUAUGUAAAGAGAAGCGUUAGGACCUGUACACUGAAAUUGUACCAAUAGUUGCGUUGGUCACAAUCGUUGGUGCCGGGUGGACAAAGUCCAUGCCAUCCUACUAAGAGGAAAAAGAAGAAUGCACCGUCAAUGACCACCAAGAGUAGAACAAGUAGACCAAGUGUUUGGAAGAAUGGGCCAUCGAGGACUCGAAGAAGCCCGUCUCGAACGGCUUCGAUGCGCCUGGCGUCGGGAAUAUACAUAGACCCAGGGACAUCAUCCGCUACAAGAUCUUGUGGCGCAGCUUCCAGGUCGAUACCGGUGUCACUGGAACUCUCACAGAUUGUCUCCAACGUGCCCGUACGACUUCGACUCAGACAGCCGUGGCUUGCCUCGGUCCCAAUCUUUUCGUUUGGAAUUGAGUUUCCGCAUCCUUCGGUUGCACCAUCGCCGUCAAUGUUGACCUCGCUGGUUGUAGAGUCUUUCAUCUUGCUUGUCAAAGUGGGGGAGAAAUGAAGCUGUUCCCAGAAGGUUAUGAGAGUUGGAAGAAGUGUUGAGAUGACCAAAUCCUGUAACAUGCAGGACGACCCAACCCAGCGUUCCUCAAACGACCCAACCCAGCGUCUACAGUACUAGCGUUGGUGGGCUCGAGCUGCAUCCGAGAGGCUCCCACGUCGUGAACUGCGAAUGGGUGUGAUCAUUCGUGCUUUUCAGGGAAGCGAGCCGGUUCCUUGGCUGGCUCUUGACCGUUUCGCUGCCAUGCGCUCUGCUUUCGCCAUCACAAAUUGCUCGA